AUGCCAGGGAGUCCUAAAGCUGUGGUGUCCAUAACGCCUGAUACACAUGUGUUCAUUGGAGAGAGUGUUUCUGUCAGAUGUGACAUACAGGGAGGAGGAGACACUCAGGGGACUUACAGCUGGAAGAAAAAUAAUAAAGUAGUCUCAGAGGCGGGGGAUGUUUUCUACACAGAUGACACACAGAAGGAGUUUAGUUUCUGGUCUGUUAAAGUCUCUGACAGUGGUACCUACACCUGCAGUAUAAAGGGGAGAGACUCUCAGAUCUCAGAGAUCAGUGAUGCUGUUACACUGACUGUAUCAGCAAAACCCACACCGACUGUGAGAGUGAAUCCUCAGAGCUCCGUCUACACUGGAGACACCGUCACUCUGAGCUGUGAGCUGCAGCAGGAGACUGGAUGGGAGUUUUACUGGUACAUAAAUAAUCUGUUACAGAAUCUGAACAGUGAACAAGAGAACACACUUAAAGUGACAGUCGAUUAUGCAGGAGAAACAGAGUACAAGUGUAUCGUAUACAGGGGAAACUAUUACACAAAGAUCAGUGAUCCUGUCAAUAUUAUAGUGAGAGGUAUACCUAAACCAGUGGCAUCCAUAAAUCCUGAUAAUCAGGUGUUCAGUGGAGAGACCGUCACUCUGAGAUGUGACAUACAGGAUGAAAGUGUCUCUAGCUGGCAGUACAGCUGGUAUAAAGAUGCUUCACACAGUCCUGUCAGUAGUGGACAGGUGUACAGAAUCAGUGGUGUUGAAGUGACCCACACAGGUAAAUACACCUGUAGAGGAGCAGAGAGAGGAGGUUCACGCUCCUCACACUCCAGUGAUGCUGUUACACUGACUGUAUCAGGUGAAUCUCCUCCAGUCUCUCUGAUCAUCAAUCCCAGCAGAACUCAACACUUUACUGAUGACUCUCUCUCACUGAGCUGUGAGGACCAGAGUAACUCUACUGGAUGGACAGUGAGACGAUACACACACAGUGAGAGAGUGUUAGAUUGUUCACACUGGGGAUCAGUUACAGGAUCUACAUGUAACAUCAGCUUCCUCUCCACAUCCUACACUGGAGUUUACUGGUGUGAGUCUGAAUCUGGAGAAAACAGUAAUCCUGUCCACAUCACAGUGCAUGAUGGUGAUGUGAUCCUGGAGAGUCCUGUCCAUCCUGUGACUGAGGGACAUCCUCUGACUCUACGCUGUUUAUAUCACAACCCAAAUCCCUCAAACCUCCGAGCUGAUUUCUAUAAAGGUGGAUCAGUUCUCCAGAACCAGACUACAGGAGAGAUGAUCAUCCAAACUGUCUCAAAGUCAGAUGAAGGUUUCUACCACUGUAAACACCCAGAGAGAGGAGAGUCACCCCAAAGCUGGAUCUCAGUCAGACGUCCAUCAGGUGUAGAAGCUCCAUUCUCAGUGCUCAUGCUGAUCUGUAGUGUGGUGACGGUCUCUCCGUAUCUGCUGGUGACCAUCAUUCUGCUGCUCAUAUGUUACAGAGCUCGAGCAUCUUAG